CACACUCACCAAAGUGCUGAUCGAAGCGAAUUUGAAUGCUGACAUUCAAAUUGCUUACUGUGUUUUUCAAGAUCAAGUGAAAAGUUCCCCGUUUUUGUGUUUUUAGUGCCAUUCUGCAAUGCCGUCUACCGCCAGUCUAGUGUCCGUCAACAGACAGUAACCCCUGAAACAAAAAACAUAAACGAAACAAAUGGAACGUAUUGUAAGCGGCAGUGAUACAGCAACCGUUCGGCACGUUGUGCGUUGCGAGAGUUUUGACAGCCGUGAAGCCAAAGACAACAGCAGCAGCAGCAGCACAUCAUCGUCCUUCUACCAGGAUCGAACGUCCUCGCGCACUGGACUCGCGGCCGACGGAUGCUAUUUCAAUGCCGUGUUCAACGACAGCAGCGAAACGUACGCGGACGUUGAGGAGGAGCCUUACGACGGGCACGGCCUAAAACCGGAUUCCAUCAACACAGCGGCAAUGGUUCGCGUGACAGUUCCGUCAACACCGGUCGCCGCGGACGGAUCGCAUCCCUUCCGCCGGGGACACUCGAUGCGCUCGUCCUUCAACUCGCUGCGUGGUUUGCGCACGAAACUAAAGCAAGGAGGAGGCAGCACCGGCGUUGGAUCUACCACAGUGAACGGACACAACAGCGCCCGACUGGCUUACUGCCAUCUGCCAGCCGUCGGUGACCUGGCACGGUCUCCCUCGGCAGCGAGCACCAUCAUCGGCAAGCGCAGCAGCAGUCGCAGCAGCUCCAGUUCCUCCGGCACACACUUUGCCCGCUCGGCCAGCGACGAUGUGCGGCGCAGUUUGCGGAACAAGCUGCACAAGCUCAAAAUCACCUACAACGAGCUGCGCCGGCUCCAGACCAAGGUGCUGCAGGACAGAUCCACCCUGGACGAAUCGUCCGAGGUGGGCGAGUGCGAGAGCCUGCCGGAAAACAUUCCCCCGAAAGCUGCCGCCCUGCUGAUGGAAGGAUUUUGCCGUGCGUCCGGUGUGCAGAGUUCGCUGAAAGUUCAUCGCCGGGCGCCAGAAGUGAAGACGACCUCGGUGGCACGACGAUCCAACUCACUGCGAGCGGCCAGGGAGAGCAACGUUAGUGUACCGUUUGUUUUUGUCGAUCCAGUACCGGCGCGGGAAGACGCACCGAGCACGACGGGGAUGACGACCGAGGGCACGACUUUAACAGUGGUCAGAAAGCGACACCAACAAGAACCAGAACAACGGCAUCAACGCUCGCCAAACACUCCAAUGUUCGGUGCAAAGGCGUCGCAGCAGGCGGCAAAGGUGACGGUUGAAGAUGAACUGUCAAACCAACGACCCGCUGCUGACCAGCAACAGCAGCAGCAGCAGCAAUCGUCAUCACCCGAACAUCAGCAGCAACCGUCACUAACCGUCACGAGGACCGCCACCAUACGGAAAGGAUCCGUGUGGGCAAACAAUACUACCAAGAUCAGCCUCCCGGAGCUGGUCACCCGGUCACUCUCCAACCUCGAGCUGCCCAGCUGCCGCCUGCCCUGUCCCAACCUUAUACCACGCCCGGCCGAAGUACCGACCACACCGGAGCACAAAUCGGCCGCCAGCUCCAGCUGCUCGCUGUCCACGCUCGAAACGCAAACGGCGACCGCCGGGGCAUCGGUCCAGUCGUUGCCCAUCGCGAUCGCCACCGGCGCAACCAGCAGCACCGUCUCGCUGACGUACGAAGAUGAGCUGUCCCCCGGUGGCUCGGGACGCAGAAAAACCAAACCAAACUCUCCGCUCGGGUCCCUGCUGGCUGCGGUCACCUCGCCCGUGCUGAGCCGCAUCUCGAGCGCCAGCUCGCCGAACCUGUCCAGCAACGGUUCCACCUUAUCGUCCCCGUCCGGCAGCCGGAUGGAGUAUCUACUGCCCCACCAGCAGCAUCCGCCCGGUGCAGGGGUGCAGGGUGCGGGACCCAUUCCCUCCCAGCAGAAGCACCAGCAGCAGCAGCAAUCGGUACUGCUGCCCAAGCACGCCACCGCACGGCAACAUUCGCCCAAGAUAGUGAAGAAAACGCGCCACCUGUCCACCAGCUCGGCCGACGAGCCGGACGCGUGCGACAGGAAGGCGGCUGGUGGUGGCGGCGGCGGCACCAAACUGUCCUCGAGCCGUCACGUGGAGGCGGAAAGAAAUGCGCGCAACGCACAGCAUUUGCUGCUGCGCGCGAACCGGCUCACCGUGAGCGAUAAUCAUAAUUUAAGCAACAGCGGAAGUGGCAACACGGCCGGUACCAUCAUCACACCCGCCACGACCAACUCGGUCGAUGUGCUGGCGGUUCACAAUGCGAAAAGCGUUUCCCCGCUACCAUCGUACACGCAGCAGCAGCAGCAGCAGCAGCAGUCGGCAGCAGCACCACCGUCCUACUGGAAGCAGAAGAAGCUCCCGACCAAGAAGCAGCACAAGCAGCUGCAGGCGCAACUAGACAAGCUGACCCAAAUUAACAUCCAUCUGCAUGCACUCUUCUCCGCCGUCGAACAUGGCCACCUGGAAAAGGCACGCACCAUCCUGGAAAGCACGGACGUGGACGUGAACAGUCUCAACAGCGACGGACUCACGCCGCUGGACGUGGCCGUGCUCAGCAACAAUCGUUCGAUGACGAAAAUGUUGCUGCAGCAGGGUGCCAUCGAAAAUGCACACUCGGUGCACGCGGCCAACAGCAACAUGGGACUGCAUCUGAACAAUCUGCUCUGCGAUGCCGAAGCGACCGUGCACGAGCUCGGGAACUUUGACGGCAGUCAGGCGGGCGGGCUGGCCGGCAGCGAGCGGACCGGCACCGGGACCAAUGCAGGCAAAACCACCUUUUCCAACAUCAUCGGUAGCAGCGGCCCCUCGGUGACGAGCUGCACCGGAAGCGAAAUCGACAAGCAGGUGGGGCUGUGGGAGCGCCGCGUCAAGGGCCUGCGGCGGAUGAUACUCGGCUGGGAGCAAACGAAACCGCCCGAUGUGCCGAACCGGAUCGACAUCGACGUGACCGGGUGCAGUGCGGUCAGCUUGCGGUUGUACGAACCGCUCGAAGGUGCCAUAACUACCAAAUUCAAAGUGCAAUGGUCAUCCCGGUCGGACUUUAGCAACGUGGUGGGCGAGCGCGAAAUCAGCGAAUGGUGCAGCUUCCACGGGUGCAUGGGUGCGGUCUGCAAUCUGAACGAGCUGAUCCAGGGCCGGCGCUACUUCUUCCGCGCCUGUGCCGGCAACGUCAAGGGCUGGGGACCGUACAAACUAUCCGUCCCGAACUGUGUCGUACCGUCGAGCUGGCGUGACGUCGAGAGCCGAGACAAUCGAUUCGCGGGCAAGCAGCGCAAUCUGGACGAGCUGUUCAACGCGGUCCGGUUGGCCCGGCCCGAGGAUGCGUCCGAGAUUGCGCUGGACGGUGGGCAGCAGCAGAAGCGCGCGACCAAGAAGAAAACCACCAUCAAGCAGCUGUUUUCGGCAGCGUCCAAGUUUCAGAAGAAUCUCAAACGGGGCAUCUAUUUGGCUUGCGUCCUGUACCACGAGGAUAAGCUAUUGCUCACCAACGAAGACUUCGUGCCGGUAAUUGAGAUUGAUGAAACCUUCACCAGCAAUCUGCACACCGACUUCUACUGGCUGAUGAAGGUGGCCUGCACGUGGGACGACGUGAAGCUGCUGCGAAUGGACAUGGAACGGAACGCGUCGUCGGCGAUCCACUUCCGCACGAAGCUGCUGUCGGCCGCCUGUCAGAUGCAAUCGGCUCUCUCCAUUACCGAUCUGGGGCAACUGUUCUAUCGCCCGCUACGAGACGUCCACGGCACGGUGGUACUGUCCUGUGUAAACUGUAUUAAGAGCCCUAAAGCGGUAUCGGUGCUCAACUCCCGAUGGAUACCGCUGAACAAAAUCCACAAAAAGCUCGCCCUCUCGACGGAGGAGAGCAGCAUCAACGAAAUUCUAAUGAACUCCAUCCAGGAACAGAUCAACUACCACCAGGUGUCGAACAUCAGGCUGUCGCGGGGCCUGUACGUCGGCUACCUCAAGAUGCAAAGCUCGGUGGACGUCAUCCAGGUGGUGGUCCCGGUGAAGGCACCGAACGUUCUUCCGCACUGUAAAAUACGCGACAAUCCGCACGUGUCGGCCGAGGAGUGGGAACUGAUCAAGCAGCACAAACCCUCCACCAUACUGGAGUUCCGGCCGAAGCAUCAGGGCCCGAGCGAGGUGCAGCUCCACUUUCUCGAGAUGCUCACGAAAGCCGUCCACAAUCUGUUCCAGUACAUGGACAUCCCGGUCGAUGUGGCGAUCGCCCAUCGGCUGUACGACGUCGAGGUGAUCGAGCUGAACGCGGACGUUAGCUUCCUGAUCAUUUGCCCGCCGGCGGAAAGUAGCUGCGCCGUGCCGGGGCAGAAGGAAAGCUUGCUGCAGCGCGGCGACCUCUUCUCGAUGCCGAUCCAGGCGUUCGAGAUGAUCCAUCUGAAGACGUACCAGGGCAGCAUCAUACAGAAGUACUCGCGGCUGUCCUGCAUCCUCGAGCUGGACACGAUGCUGGCGAACCAUCUGCACCGGGAGGCGUUCAGCAGCUCGGAGCUGCAGAAGGCGAAGGAUCGGCUGGCGAAGCUGCAGGAGCUGUCGGGCGGACUGAACACCAUCUGGAAGGGUGUGCGCUGGCUGAUGGAUGUGAUCGGGUAUGCGCGAGACCGGGCCAACAUGCCCGAGCUGAACAUGAAGCAAAUACUGGACUACAAGGCGGCGUACUUUGGCAAGCUGCCGAAGCACCAGCACCAGCAGCAGGCCAGCGACGAUCAGAAGAAGAAGGGCGGCAGCGAAACGCAACUGCUCCAUCCGCCCGGCACCGCGCCGAACAGCUUCCACAAGAGCAGCCCGGGCAGGGGGUCGUGGCCGGGCCCGGCCGUCGAGAACACGCUCGGCCACAACGGACUGCUGGACGCGGAGCACUCCAAGUCCGAGCAACUGCUGAAGUACAACAGCGCCCGGUUUCUGAACGUUAGCCAGGCGGGCUCGCGCAAAAACAGUGCCGACUCGAACUCGGUCGCGACGCACAGCAGCUACUACUCGGUGACGGGCGUCGAGCCGGAGAAGGAGUUUGUCGUGAUGCCCCGGUUACCCCCGUCACGGUCGGAAGAUACGCUCAACAGCUCCCAUCUGCACCAUCAUCUGCAUCACGGCCACCAUCAUGGUGGCGAGGGAGGUAAAGCGAUCGGUCCGAGUGGUGCGAUGGGAGGAGCAGGAGGAGCAGGUGGAGGAGCAGGUAAGAAACGGCCUCCUACCAUCUACUCCAGCUACUCGGCCACCUCCAGCCCGCUGUUGAACGUUCGCUCGCCGUUUCUAGUGCCGAUGGGACCCGCCAACGCCGCCCCCAGCAGUCCGGCCGGCGUUCUCGUCGCGAAAGUUCCACCGGUCGCGGUAGAAGAUAUUGAAAACUCCAAACAGCAGCCACCCGUGCAGCAGACGGCGGCGACCAGUGCAGCAGCCGGGACGGGACAGCAGCCUUCGCUAACGACGGGCGGGGCCGUGCCGUUCAAACUGCUGACGAAGAAAUCGCGCGAUCAAGCACUGAAAGCGAUCAACUUCAUCGAACGGGAGCAGCAGCAGGAGAUGGAAAUAUUCGAAGAGACGAAACCCAUCCUCACGACCACGUACCUUAAGCCCACGCUAGCAGCGCUGCAGAACGAAGCCAAAUCCUCCUACCAGCAGCAACCGGACAGUGGUGCCGAACAAACGCCCCGUGAGGCGACAGCCCAGCUUUCCCCGGUGCAAGCACCGGAAACGCUCACUCCCGCCGGUUCCGUUGCAAUCACCGUCGAACCAUCGGUACCACCCGCUACCGCCACCGAUCUCGAGCCCGAAUCAGGCGCAUCGGAAGCACCACCCGGGACGGACGGAGCAGCGGCAGCGCCAACCGGUGGAGCUACCGUCACGAACGCUACCAGCAUCCUGCAGGUGUAUGCGGCGUACGAAACGGGCCUACCGAGCGGGACGUCGCUAAAGCUGCGCGUAACGCCCAAAACGAGCGCCCGCGAAGUGAUCGAUCUCGUGGUGAAGCAGCUCAACAUGGCGGUGGUGCUGAAGGGCCGCGAAGGACCGAUCUACAGCUCGGAGCGGUUGGACAACUUCUGUCUGGUGGCCGUGAUUGGUGCCCGGGAGCGUUGCCUGCGGGACGAUUUUCGCCCGCUGCAGCUACAAAACCCGUGGCGCAAGGGCCGGCUGUACGUGCGGCAGAAGCACGAUCUGCUGGCCGCUAUCGAGCAUUCCAACCGGGAUACGGCGGACAUUUAAAGGGCGGAAGGGCAAACGGCGCCAUUGGCCGGACGUGUGUGAUAGUGCGAUUGACUAAGUUUUCCGAAUUUACAAUUCGUAUAGUUGUUGUUUUGAAAUUUUGUUACAAAAUUACCUUCCUCUCCACCUCCCCCUCGCGGUCAGUAGCUUUAGGAAGCGACCGCGUAUGUGUGUCGGACUUGUUUGUAAAUUUGUUUGCACAGUUCUGUACAUUUUGUAAAACCCUAAUUAAUGUAGCGAUAGCAAACGGGUAGGAGGAGAUAGAGGUGGAAGGCAUGCAAUGGAAAUGUAUUGCAAGAAGGGCACGACGCCCCUUUAGGACUAUUUUUACCAACUUGACUAGCAGAAAAAGGGGAAGAGAACACGUGUUUUAGAAAUUGGGAAAAAAUCAAAAUAUUAAAAACGUAGUGUAGUACCGUUUCAUCAGCUAAUACAAACAGAAUCAGAGGCAAAGGUGUUAAUUAGCAAUCCACAUACCAAAAAAAAACAAACAAACCGAUAACGGCAGUUCCCCUUCCCUCGGGCGGUGCGGAAACGCGAGCUAUGCGCAAACGCACACGUGUUUUAAAUGCGCCUCCAACGCAUGACGCCGCGAUGUUGGAAUGAUUUUCCCGAUCAAAUAGAUGGAAAACUAAAACCUAAAAAAUCAAUUACUCUCAAUGGAAAAGAUGAUAGAUGUUUUUAUUUUAUCCUUUUUAUACGCGAGAGUAGUAGUAGUAGUAGUGGUUGCGUGAAGGGAGGGCUAGAGAAAAGCCGUGCGCAGCCAGUGCGCCAGUGGUAUGAGGGGGUGGUGCGAAUAGUAAUUAGGAGUAAAAUAUUAGAAAGGAGAGUAAUUAGCGGGUAAUACAAGUGUGUGUGUGAGAGAGAGAGAAUGUUUGUACACAUUGCGUAAACUAAUGCCAGUGAAUUGUGGGAGUAAUGUAGAGCUAUAUAUAGAGAUGAAAAUAGGGAGAACAAGGCAAAACAUCCUAUUUCCAUUCAAAACUGUUGGAGUGUGCAAUUGCGGUACGAACAGGAGGAGCAAGGAUUGUGGAGUUUUUUUUUAAUAUUUAAAUAAUUAUUAUUAAUAUACCGAUCUCACAAUUCUGAAUCAACAUUUUACGCAAUAGACCAUUACAAUUAAGGGAUUUUUAUCAUCUACCAACAAGUAAAGUAAGAGACAUAACAUUCAUUUACUAUUAUCUCAUAGCCCCUUCACUCACACACCCACAAAUACCAAUAGGAUCGAGCUUAGUGUACUUUUUACCACCACCACCACCUCCAGCAGCGAAAGCUACAGGAACAAAGUAAUAUCAUACCGAUGGGCAACGGAAAGCAAAACCCCGGCCCGCCUAUAUGUACCUAUUUUUGUGGCCGGACGCCGGUGUUCCACACUCUACUAGAUAGACCAAUUGAGACAACGAUCUUUGCCAGAAUCGCAACAGCAUCGACCAGCAAUAGUAAGACAGCUUUCGAGACCCGUUUUUUGGCAAUCGCCUCCAGGCCCUCCUCCCGGCGGUCCGCUUGCGUAGGUAAACCAAUAGAAUUGAUCGAUUUUUUUAGUGAUAUUUAGAAGAAUUUUCAUUCAUGAAGUGCACCCAGGAUUGUUAAACAGGGAUGCGUAUGUGAGGAGGAUGGGGAAGCAUGGGGACAAUACGCUCAAGAGUAUCCGAUUUCAAAAGAAAACAUACACCAAUUACGCACUAGCGCAACACACGUACGGACAUUAUAUAUACGACAAAUUUGAUAUUAAUGUUGGUUGUUGAAAGUUUCAGGCACACGAGUGAGUGUGUGUGUGUUAUUUUGUUUGUUUUUUUUUUUGCGUUGGCCACUUCUUCUCCAAGAAGAUAAAAACGAAACCAAACCAACCGAGCUGAUGUUAGGAAUUCCAAUCGCUGGUUGAGCGGGCAUACUAGAGUGAUGGUGGUGAUAUCCUGGGCGCACGUGGUGCUUUGGAUACAAUUUCUCCAUAUAUAUGUUUGUAUGCGUGUGAGAGUGUUACAGGGUUUCCAGGAGUUCUCAUAGCUGUGGGACUUUUAUUGACUCUUUCUAACGCGAAAUGAACAAAAUGUAAUGGGAAUUGGGCCCUUGUGGGACAAAUCCAAUAGGAAUUUUAAAGGAGCCUGUGAAUCAUAUCAUAUGAAGUUCACUUCCCAUAGCAAAAAGUCAACGAAGUGCCCCACAACUAUGAGAACCCUUGGCAAAUCCUGUAAGACUGAAGAAACAAUGCAACAAUCGAUUAAUGAGACUAGCAGCAGCAGGGUAGUAGGAUUUUAGAAUGCUUCAAUCCAUUUUGCUGACAGCGGGGGAGCAAACACACCAAAACACACGCUUAAUUAGGAGCCCGAAAAAGAAAACCCAAAAUAUCCAAAACCGAAUGAGACACGCGUGUGUGUGUGUUUGUAUUUUAGGGAGACGUAAUCAGCAUCUGAAAAACAGAAGGAAGGAUUAACGGAAAAUCAUUAACUAAUCAUAUGUGGUGUUAUUUAGUGUUGGCAGGGGGAGCGAAGACACAGAGCAACAAGUAGACACAUACUAGGCAAUUGAAAAUUGCGUUGAUAAAAAAAGGGACAUGAAGAUGGUGACACCGAAUGGUAACCAUGGUGAGCAAAAGCGUGGUGUGUACCCGAGAACAUAGCUUCCCUUCCCGUCCCCCAAAAACCAUCCAUCGUGGUAAGAGGGGUAGGCUCUGGAGUGCACCGCAGUAGUAUCAGCUUUAAGGGGGGUGACGUUGCAUGUUGAACAGGCAAACCUGGGUUGGUUCGUUCGGGUUCGUGUCUAGAUUUGGUACGAAAAUUGAGAGCUAUUUGAAGGUAAAACCGUGUCGUAUGUGUCCCACCGAGGGAAGAAAACUAGGAGAGAAAAAUGCACCAGAAGAUUCUAUCCAUGUUGAUCAUAGUGA